CUGCACAUGCAUGAGGAUUCGCUGAGCAGACCAGCCUCCCAGCUCACUGAACCGGCUUGCAGCCUCUGCAUCUCCUUCUGACAGCUGGUCCACCAGGUUGAGGAGCAUCAUGGGAACAGCCAUGGAGUCAUGUGGGCUUGCCCCCGCCAGCAGUGGGCGUCCCAGCUCAGAGGGAUCCUCCCUCACCCAGUGCACAAUGGCCUCCAUCAUUGCCAAGGCUUCCCUCUGCCAACAGGAACAUCGUUACAACCUACGAAAAUACCCAUUAGCCAAGUGGAAACCUAAGGUUAGGGCUGGUCCCACUCCCACAACAUCCAUGCCUGGAGUCAGGUUUCCCACUUCUCCAAAGGACUCAGCAGGCCUUGGCCAAACUCAUUGGCUCACUGCUCAGGCUUCCUCAGGGCUGAUCAGCAGGGAGGGUGAGAGAGAGCAAGUGAAGAAGCCAGAUAGCUGCCCAACAACCAACCACUCAGGACUCCUCCAACCAACAGAGAUAUGCGUUAUAGUAGAGUUCCACUACCCAAGAGAAAAGGGUGAAAAAGAGCCGUCGCUCUCAUGUGUUGCUUGAAGGCAUCUGGUUGGCUAGUGUGGGAAAGAGGAUAUGGACAAAGUAGGCCUUUGGUCUGAUCCAGGAGGGCUCCUCUUCCGUUCUUAAGCGCUCUUCUACGGAGGCAGAGCAGAGCCAUCAAGGUUAGUGGGCACUGAUAGCCCUCGCCUCCUCCAAGAAUUUGUCUAAUCCUCUUUUAAAGCCAUCUAAGUUGGUGGCUAUCACUGCCUCCUGGGGGAGCAGAGGUUCACAGCGGGCCCCACAGCACCUCCCAUGGACCAGUACUUUGGACAAGGGUUAACCCUACACAAGAGCAGACUCAACCAGCUGACCAGCCUCUUCCCCUAUGUAGAUGAUGGCUAUUCUUCUUCUAGUUCUAUCAACGGAACUCCAGUAUCCAUAGAGACAGGAAGACGUCCCUCAACCGCAGCACCAUGAGGUAAAAUGAGCUGGUCUCUCCACUCUGGGCCCAACCCUACGGCUGCGGUUUUAUCAGCCAUGUGCUAGGAGCUGUACCAUAGCUUUGGGGAAAGGGUAUUUUUGCUGAGGUAAUAAUCAGAGGGAGAAAAAAAGGGAGGAUAAGCAGGUUUAGAUGCCCACCGUUCAUAUAAGGAGGCAGGCAGGCAAUCAGGACAUUUGUAUCCAGCUCUCCUGACCUCACCUGGUAACGAGGUUCCCCAGUUGCUCGUCCAAGUUCAUCCAGCCCAAGGACAUAGAAGCACUCGCUGAAAAUGGUGCGCUGGAUUUUCACAGGGCGCCCAUCACGAGUCAGGACAAAGGCACACUUCUGCGAAGGUGGGGCCACUCGUGCAUGCGCUAACAGGAACUCCCCACCUCAGAGAAAGAAGUAGAUUUGGAGGAAGGCAGCUCUGCCCCUCUCUGCUACUGGCAACCAAAUACCCAGAGCACUUGGGCCAAGACCCCCCCCCAACUUUUUACACUUUCUCCAACUGAUCACAACCAGGGAUUGAGCUAUGAAUUGGCAAGCCCCAGUACAAACUGCCCCUCUCCCACAGACGCAGUAGGUGGCCUUAGGCAAAAUCUCUCUGCUUCAGGCUCAUUCUCGGGGGGGCAGAAUGGCUUACCAUACAAGGAGUACUCAGUUAACAGGAAAGGCUAACUGAUUAGAUUAUGAUGAUGAUUAAUUGUGGGGGGACAACCCCUAUAACCCCACCACCAUUCCAAAGUAUCAGAACUUUCAAGAGUCUCUCAGCCCUCAUCUCAACUCCCUGCCCCAGUCCACACACCACAGACCUCUGUCUGCCCACCCAAUAUUAUCCUUUCUUUGCCUUCAUUCCCAAAUCCCAUCCCUUCUGUACACAAGGUGGAAGAAGUUACCUGCUCGGGCUGCCUGCAGGAGUUCAGGGCGCCGGAAUCUUGGUACUUUUCGAUACAGCCGACUGUACAUCCACACCUGUUUGGGAAGGGAUGGAGAGGUAACCUGGGCCCUCUAGUCUCAUGGCAGACAUCUGCCUUGGCUAAGCCAGGGAUGAGGACACUUGCUCACUCCAGCACUCAUCAGCCCCAGCCAGCAAGGUCGGUGGUCAGGGACGAUGAGAACUGGACUCCAUCCGUUCCUGGAGGGCCACAGCUUUCCUUUCCUUGGCUUAAGCCCCGGCACUGAUGUCUGCCAUUCAGGGUAUGAGCUGUGAGCGUGGCUCUCCACAGUGAUGCGCAGGCCUGGCCUAUUCUUAACCUCUAAGGAGACAGGUGCUGGACCUCAGACUUGCUUGGAAAUUCCUCGUGCAAAAACUUUCCCAAUAUGGGGGACUGACAGGGGAGCUGCACUGUUGAGGCAUUCUGCGCAUGCUCAGAGAGACGUGUGCCAUUUAUUUAUUAAAUUUGCUUUACCUGUUCAUUCCAAGCUUUAAGGCCAGCACUGAAACCAGAUUCUGAGGCCAAUUCCAGGCAAGCCAGGUUCCAAUUAAGCCUUGGCUGGCUUCAGAGAAGCUGGCCCUGCCCAGCCUCAUUUUCCACCCCAGCCCCAACCACACAAAGGGGAUCCCAACAGAAAAUCUAAAAAGUUUUCCAAAAUCCACGGCCCCUGAGGACCCCUACCUGCCGGCCUUGCAGCCAAACGUAUUUCAAAUCAUCAUAAACUUUCCCAUCCUGGCCCAGACAUGUAAAGAACCCCCUAGAGGGAAAGAAGAGGCAGGGGUGAGAACCAGGAGGGGGGCCCCCACAAUUUCCUAGAGGGAAGGAUGAGAGCAGGCCGGGCAGAGAACUACUGACUAAAGAGGAACUUGUCGUGGGGCGUGGCUGAGUGGGGCUCCCCAUAGCCCCUCAGCCAGCACAACAAAUGGCCAGAGAAGGUGGGAGCUGGAGUCCAAGGAGUUUUGGAGAUUCCCCCAGCCCUGGCCUGCGAGAAGUAAGACAGGAAGCUGCCUCUGGCAGCGUCAGGAGUUAGAGCUAAAGCAGGCGCAGAAAACGUGGAAUGCCUUUAAGAGGGCAGGCAGAUCUGCUUCACAGAGCACCAUCUGCCAGGACAUUCUGCUCCGCAAGCCCCACGGAAAUGGAAGGAGAGCCUAUCUGGGGACAGCAGCAUAUGGCCCACAGAUCACAUUUGUUUCCACGAAGCUUGCAGAGGAGAAUUUCCCAGUGGAAUGCCAUCCAUGCUGGUCCAAGGAGCAACAGGGAGCCCUAAGCUCCGGGUGGUUGCUUUCAAGUCAUGCAUGACGUCACGUGUGAGUCAGGUGGGCACAGCCUCCCGAAAAUAGUGGGCUAAAUGAAAAGGGUUGCCAAGCCAGAGGUGCCCCCCCCGCACUGGAGGGUAGAUUUGUCUGCCUCAGGCCAUGUGAGGGGAGGGAGGGGGAAGUAUCUCCUUGCAUCUCAGUGGUAUGUUCCACCCCCCCCCUUUCUGGGAAGGGCUCCCCUGUUUCACAUACCCUCUCCCCCCUCCCCAUUUGGGUCGAUUUCCUUAAUGGCGUGUACAGCAUCACUAUAAACAUAACCUCCCCCCAUGUCGUGAGAGGGAGUCAGUGUGGCAGGUACAGGACUGGACUGCGGGAGAGCCCUGUUCAAAUGCCCCCUCAGCCACAACCCACGCUGGCUGGCCCUGGGGCGACGGGGGGCCCUAGAUGAAUAGACAGGCAGCGAUCCAUCACCCGUAUUCUUCGUCGUGCGAAUGCUGAAGCCAGAAAUCCACCACGGCGUCCAGCUCUCGGGAGAUGCGUCCAUGCCAGCUGAAGAGCGACGCCAAAUCCAUCCUCGCUGCUUUCUCCAGCGGCGAUCCCUGUGGGGGAGCGAAGGUACUCCUGGAUCAGCAGAGUCAGCCCGUCCCAGGAUCCGACCCCGAGAGGGGAGGGGAGAGUCCCGAAACGCGCUGCCGCUCUCCGCGGGAAACUAGCAUAAAACCACGUACAACGCCCACCCCCCAAAACUUAAACAUUUACAGAAGUAGGGAACUGCUGGUCAUAUGAUUUCCCCAAGUCACCUGACACUGGCCCCACCCUUUCCCCCACGUGGGGGGGCGAAGACCCUGAUUUGUUCCUUUUCCUCUGUUUCCAUUUGUUAACCCUACAACUGCCGUGAUCCGGCCCAGAGAUCGGCAGCAGGAAUCCCAGAACAGUGAUCGUGACAACAAAAGGGCAACAAAAGGCACAAAGCAUUUAAACGCCCCCAGUCAGCCUUCCUAACUCGGGUGGCUCCCCGCUGCGUCCUGAGGGACACCCUAGGGGCGACUGGGAGCAGGGACGACCCCAAACGCGGCUGCGUGAUGUCACCGCUAGUGGGAUGCCCCGCUCGUACGUCAGGGGAGGAAUCCCCCUUGGCAGCAAAAACCCAGCAGCUGCCGCCCCCGUCCCAGGUGAACUCUGGAGAGAGAGAUGGCGGUGCGUGUGCUUUCCCUCUAGGACCACAUGGUUCGUUUCAAAUAUAUACCAUAGCAAGGUGCCAAGGCAUCCGAAUAAUCUUGCUGCCAAUCUGGGGGAGGCGGGGAGGGACCCCCUGCUCUCUCCUACUUACUUCAGAGCCGCGUUUCACAGCUGGGGGGCGUGUCUUUUAACAUUGGGUGAAAGCAGGAAUUUAGUUGUUAUUUUAUUUAACAGCAUUUAUAUAACACUUGAUUGCAGUCAAACCUCUAAGCAGUUUUAAAAACAUUAAAAGUAUCAAUAAAAACAAAGAAGGAUAAGCAGGUGAUUAAAAUUAACAGCAACAAAAUAUCAAAACAUGUAACUUCUACAUGUCUAGAUAGGCUUUCCCAAAGCAAAAAUGUUUUUAGCAGGUACUGAAAAAAGUACAGUAAAGGCGGCUGCCUGCUAUCAAUAGGCAACAGGCAGGGAGUUCCAAAGUGUAGUUGCUGCCGCACUAAAAUACUGAUUUUUCUGUCAACUGUGGAAUGAGUAUUAUGUAGCACCUGCCACAGUGCCAGUUCUACAAAUCAAAGUGGUCUACUGGACAUGUGUCAGGUAAGGCAAUUAUGCAACUAAAAAGAAUGCAGAUUGAGCUUUUCUCAGCCCCGCAGCAGGACAAACUGCUGCGCCCCCCCCCCCCUUUUAUGCAACUUUUAAAGAUGUAAGAGACUUGUCUUCACUUGAGGAGGCUGGGUAAAAAGAGAACUGGGUUCCUGCCAGGGGCACCAUCUGUGGGGGCUGAAGCCCUCCUCCCCCCCCCCAAUUUUCAGAGGGGCCAGACUCCCUCAAUAUUCUGUGGCCUGCGAAGGGCCUCGCCCAGCCUGUCUGUAGCUGCACUGGGCCUUGUGGCCUCCUCCCGUCGUGUGACAUCACAUGUGCAUGUUGUGCACAUGAUGUCAUGUGCUUGCUCUGCCCCCCACCAAGUUGGGUGGAACCGGUGUCUGUGGCUCCAGCUUCUUUUAACAGUGAUGCAGAAAAGGGAAAUGCAGCAGAUGUAGCUUACACAACAAGCUACUCUGGCUGAAAUUACCUGCACAGCAGUUAAAGGUGAAGGAAUAGCCGUCCUCCUCUUCUUUCUGUUCACCCUACUUCCUUUGCAUUUGGACAUCCAAGGAAAGGCAGGUGGUCUACCAAGAGAUCCCCUCCCUAUCUAUAUUCCAAUGCAGGCUUGUACAUGUGCUGUGGUGCAAGGGAGGUCACUCACUAUCCUCUGCCUCGUUCACUGGAUGAAUGUGCACAUGUGGCAAAAUAGAUCCAUGCGCAUUUGUCACACAUGAUGGUGCACACGAGACACACUUGUGUGCCUUAAACAGCACCAAAUAACCAUCACACACUAACUGAUAUGGUGCAAAAUUAUCUGGGAAUUUCAUGUGUGUAGGACACAUUGAAAGUAGUGAGCGCAUCCUUGACUGUUCCUCUGUGGUCUCCCCUACGAUCAAAAUGUAGUUUGCAAAUUCUGUGAGGCAGGGCCUGCCUGGUCCCUGGGUUUUCCCAUAUGUAAUGCUUGCUCCAUGGCCUUUCUACACUUAACCUUAAUUAUAUAACAAUGCACAUAUUGUUCUUCUAAGAUUCAACCUUUCUCCACAUUCCAGAUGUACAGAAGCACAUUUAGCUGCCUAGUAGUGAGGAGCAUACACAGCAUUGGCAGAAGGUUGUGGGGUGGGGGUGGUACAACCUCGGAUUGUUCCAGAACUGAGCCAAGCUAGGUUUCCAGGGUCAGUGCAUUCCUCACACAUCAAAAACAGGUAUUAAUACGGCAUUCCAGACUGUGUCUGAAUUCACAUGCAUGUCCAGCACUCACAUGUAUUCAUACACACACACCAAGAGAUUUGGAAUCUUUUGCUAGAGUUAUAAUGUGUACCCAUUUACGAAUAUGUGUUUGCCUCUAUCCCUACUUAAAUAAAACUCCUGACACCUAAUAUUUAACUUUGUCCUGAGCUGGCGAUCCUAAAGACCUCUUAAAUGCCAGAUGGGCAACCCAGUAAUUUUUAGAGGCAAACAAAUAGCUGUACAUCAAGAGUCUUGAGACACACAUUAACAAAGAAAGCUUGGUUUAUUAUAUGAAAUGAAAAUGACAGAAUAUACGAAUGCAGUUUCAGAAUCAGACAGGAAGGGAAAGGGCUGCCCAGCAAGAGAGCUAGCCGGCACUCGCCAAGGGCUUAAGAAGACUUAGUUUGUGCCAGCACCAGAGGCUGAUUGUGGCACUUGCGGAAUGAUUUGUUAAAACACGUAGGUGCUUGUAUCUGAGCAUGUGCAGGGUGCCUUUUAUUUCUCCCACCACUUGGAUGAGCACAGCUGGGGGGGGGGGGCUCGGGCUUCCUUUCCCCCCUCCUGUGCAGCUGCCGCCUGCUCACUUAGCCUUCCCUUCUGGACCCGGGCCAGGCUGCCACUCCCUCUGAGCAACCAGAGGGAGUAGGUGAAGGGGUGGCAAAGAGGGGCAGCAAAGCAGAGGGUUGCAGUGGGGUGGGAGGGCCCUGCAGGGAGGGCUGUGGGCCUCAGCAGAUGCCCCACGAUGCGGACCCUGGAUGCCCGUCCCACCCCCAUGGUUCCAAGACUAGGUUAAGGGUCAAGGGCAACGUUUCCUGGAAGCGCCCAGCACCAAUCUCCGCAGAACUGUUGUGAGGAUAGUAGCACCUGUGAACAGGUGUGUGAAUCUGAUCUGAUUUCUAUGGUUUAUCUCUGUAGAUCUUAAUAAGCAUUAAGAUUGACUUGGCACAAGCCGGAUCCCACCGGCCUCACCUGAAAGCGUGUCCGGAAGGCGCAGCCCCUCGCCCUUCCUCCUCCCUGGCGCCGAGCAGCCCGGCAGGAAGGCGAGAGCCAGCAGCUGCCCGGAGCUCCAGGCAGCGCCCUCCCUUCUCCGGAGGGAGUUUGAGGGAGGCUGUGCCGCGCCGAGGUGGCUGGGGGGGGGGGCGCACGGCCGGGGAGGGGCUUCGGGGCCCGCGGACUGAGCAGGGGACCCCACAAAGGUCGCGGGAAUCCACGCCUGGCCGCGGGGGGGUCCCGAGCUGACCCGACUGCCCGUAGGGCUGCUCCGCCGCCGCCGCCGCCGCCCUCACCCGCCCGUCUCUCCGCAGGUUCUGGCGCAGACGCCCCAUGUUCCGACGUUCCCACCUCAAGAUCCUGCUGAUCGGCAAUUCCGGGUAAGCAAAGGGGCGCCUGGAUCGGGAAGGCGCCGGGAGAGCUGGCCCCUCCUGGCCCCCCGGCCGGGCUCCGACGGCUAAGCGGGUGUCGGGGCUCCAGGCUGGCGGGAAGAGGAAGGCUUCCCGGGAUCCUGUCCCCGUUUGGCCGCCAAGGGGUUAAGGCGGCAGGUGGAGGGGGCGGAGGGGGCGGCGCCGCGCAGGGGCAGGUGCAGGUGCAGCCCGUCCGGGGCAGCCCGGUAAACGCGCGCAGGGAGAAACUUCCGCGAGGCUCUGCUGCCUCCCCAACCACCCGCCCGGUCUUCUCCGUAGCCCAGGCUGGGAAGCGUUCGGCCCCCGCGGCCUGGAGCGAGGCGCCCGCUUGAAGAAGUCUUCUUGAUUCGCUCCCCGAGCGCCUUAGUCUUUGCUUCACACGGGCAGCGAGAUCCCGGUGCGCUCCACGCUGCUCUCCUGUCCCACCUCCUUCAAAGUCCUUGAAAGUACCUGCAACAAGUGGGACCACGUUGCAGCUGCCCGGGCUCCGUGUGUAUACCACAGGCAGAUGAUAACAGGACAGUUUUGUGGGGUGCAGCUGAAUUAGACCAGCUGUUUGUUCCCAGAAUUAAAGCAGAUGGAAGAGGCAACACCAAAUAACUAGAGGCCAAGUCAAGUGACUAUUAUCCUAUGGACACAGUGGUAUUACCAUUGCCUGAACCCAGAGAGCAUCGAUGCAAUAAAAAGGUGCUUUUUAAGAAAAGAAAAACCUGCAGCCUGUAUGUUUUAUGCACAACUGUGAUUUGUUCUCUUCACAUUAUUUUGCCAUUUUAAAUAUGUUGCAUAAUUUAGACUGCAGGAGUACAACCCUCUUGAACUCAGUGGGCUUUACCUCUGAGUAGACAGGUGCAGGGUUAGGCUGCAAGUCUGCAUUUGCUAGUCAUGGGGAGCUAAAUGGAACAUGAGAACUUACUGCAUUUUUAUUCAGCUGCCCCUCUAGUCGAGCAUGCUUGGAAAAUUAGCAUAACUUCACAAGUGUUAACAAAAACACAUGUACAUCAAAAUACUCAGAAAAAUGUGCUUGCUUAACCUUCCCCCAUCAACCUGACUCUGAAGAGCCUGGUAGCAACUGUUGUUGCAACUAAUUUAUUAAGUAACCACAGCUUUAUGGCAGUGUAGUAAUAAUCCUUACUGUAUAAUUAUAAUUAACACUCACCUUCAACUUUUUAUAACCAUUAUUUAAACAUAGUGUAGUUUUUAUGUAUUGAGUAAAAUAAUUUGGUUAUUUCCAUUAUCUGUAUCUAAACUCAAAAGGGGCCUUAGUAUGUGUUUAAGAUAUUAUGAAUGCAUACAACUGUCCAAUUCGAUGAGGAUUUAAGAUUUCUCAUUUACCUUUUAUGCCAAAAAGUAAAAUAGUUAGGAUUAACCUUUAUCCACCAAAUGUGAAGAAAAACACACAAGAAGAGUAGGGCUCAAACGCUGCCAGACACAGUGCAUGCAAAGCACUGAAUAUCAUUUUGAAACCAUGUCAGUUGUUUGAAAUGAUUAAGACAAAAAUCAGUCAAACACAAAGCUUUGUACAAAAGUGACCCAAGUAAAAAAAGGGCACCAUCAGAAAAGGCUUCUGGAGACUUUGUACAUGCAAUGCCAAAGCAUUUUGAUGCAAGAUAUGCUUUUGCCAUUGUUUGAUUUUAAGCACGUUUUACCAAGAUGACUUAUUCUGCCUUUGGAGUUGCAUCAGGCAUUCCUUAUGCCUUUUUCAAACCUUUGUACUCAAAAGGCCAAUUGAGCCUCAUGCAGUGCGUUUCCUACAGUAGCCAACUAGAUAUUCCUCGGAAGGGGACAAGCAAAUCAUCAGACCUUCCUGUCCUGCUGCUGUGCCCCAGUGACUGCUGCUCAAAAGGCCUUCGCCAUCUUACCGUGGGAUUCCCCACUGCUGCCACCAAAAAGGCUUUAUCACAAGGCUGUGUGCAUGUGUGCAAGAGGCAGUUCAGGAGCAGAGAACCAGCUCCACCUCUGCAGCCCUGUGCUGGUUGAUGAGGCGGCAGGGUGGGGGGGGAGGUUACUGACUAGACCUCCAGAUUUAAAAUGUCAACCCUUCUCCGUUCCCCGCAGGGCGGGCAAAUCUGCCCUGAUGAACCAGUAUGUUAACAACCGCUUCAGCAGUCGCUACAGAGCCACCAUUGGAGCAGAUUUCCUCAGCAAGGAAGUAAACAUUGAUGGACGCAAACUGACCGUGCAGGUAGGCUCAGCAGAGUUACCCAUUAAAAAAACCCUGUGCUCCAGCCUAGGGCAAUUUUAGCAACAUACUUCAUUUCCAGCUCCCAUAAUCCCUAAGCCAUUGGCCAUGCUGGCUAAGACUGGAGGGAGCCUUAACACCACCUGGAGGCCACAAGUUCCCCACGCCAGGUCUAAAAUUAUCCUAUAUGUGCCUUAUGUAGCCAGAAUGGCACCCUUCGUGCACAAGAUGGAGGGAGCAGUAGCAGGGAUCCAAUUUCUGUACAAGCACCUAUUUCAGGAAAAUAUUUAAAGGUUUGUGUGUAAGGAAGAGAAUCUAAAAUGGGCAAGUGAAUUGACGGUUGUGCUCGGUGACAAUUGUGGUGGCAAAUAAAAUACAGGAAAAUGGAACAGAAUGUUCUAGAAAAGGGGUCCUCUGGCCCCCUCAAUAUGAGCACCCCAAAUCUGCUAUGUUUUGCUACAAGUGCCUUGUUUUAGCUUUAUUGUGGCAGCCUUAAGAGAGUCAAUAAGAUACAGGCAUUUGUGGCCUAAAGCCUAUCCCCAUGAGACAGGCCCCGGGUGGGGUGCCACGAGCAUAUUACAAUGUGGACUCUAGCUAUUUGCUAAAAAUCAGUUCUUAGUUAAAGCAAACACCCUUUCCCUUCUAGAAUUAAUGUUAAUGGCAAUGCUGAAUUCUUAUUUCCAUUUCUUGUUCCCCAAUUUGUACAGAAGCAAUAUGCACAACUAAAAAACUGAAAUUUCAAUAUUGCUGCAGUCCCAAAUAUGCAAUGGCCCAACUCUCAUGAACUAACACAAUUCUCCCUUGGGCUGCAAGAUCAACGAAACGCACCUACACUUGGCCCUUCCUGUAAGCAGCUUACCAUAUGGCUUCCAAAGUGAUCUUCUAUCUAUGCAAAAACUUACAAAGCUAGACCAGGUUAGCCUCAAGCUGAGCAGAAUUUACCCCACAUGUGGUCAGAUCAUUCUUUGGGAUCAUGUUAUCAAUUGUUCCAUGCAAAGUUUUAUCAAUUCAUAGACAAUAAUGAUGGCCAGUGCCAUACCAACAGGGCAAAAUUAAACACCAUCCAUUCAAAAAAGCAAAAGAAAAAAAAAUCAAGAGCAUGGCAGAAAAGGCACCUUUACAGCAAACACUCCUGAUCAAAGUGCAUGUACCAAGAUAGCCCCCACCCCACCCCAAAGAUCCUUUACAAUGCUAGCAGCCAAUUUGGCUUGAGGAAAGGCUUCUAACCCAUAUAGCAAACUGGUUGUGUCCGUGUACAGUACUGCACCACACACACCCAAGUUCCGUGACAAAGCUGAAUUCAGCAGCUUGUGGUAAGCAUAUUCCUGUGGUUUCUCAUUUUGCACAACUGUCAGUUUCCACUAAUCAUAGGAAGCAACAUUCAACAUGACAGGGCUGCAGUCCCCAUCUAAUUCAGUACUUUUUCUGGCUGCUGGUUUAAUCCAAGAUUGCCAACUUUUAUGGCAAAACAGUACAUAACCGCACUCGUUUUCUGGGCGCCAGUCACAAUGGACAGCUGGCACCUGAAAUGUAGAAGUAUGGAUCAUUCUUCUGCACUCCCAGCAACGUAGCUGGGCAGAUGGGGUUCAAGAAAGCUGCUCCCCUUCAGCUCUCCAUCUCUUUAUAGCAAUUUGGUAUUAUAUACAUUCUGAUGUGUAGACUAGUUCGCUGUUGGCAGAAUUGUGGCAGCCACUCAACCCUGGUCAAACAUGGUGGAAGAAUCCAGAACAUCAAUUGAAUAAAGAAACGGGAGACUCUAGUCCACACCAUCAUUUGGCAUGGUAUCCCCUGAUGCCCCCAGACAACAAAACCUAUGCUUGCUAACUUUGUGAGAACCAAGAUUAAUGGAGGUAAGUCACCAAGGACCCAGGGAUGUCUUGAAAUCAAGGUCUCAGCUUCUAUCCCUUCUUGCACCUAGAUUUGGGACACAGCUGGUACAGAAAGGUUCCAAGCACUGGGGACUGCCCUCUACCGGGGGUCAGACUGCUGCCUUCUCGUCUUCGAUGUCACAUCCGUCAGCUCUUUCCAAGCCCUGGAUAAGUGGCACAAGCAGCUCCUGUUGCAGAUUGAGCCAGAGGAAGAGCCCACUUUCCCCACUGCUGUCAUUGGGAACAAGAUGGACCUGGAGAACCGUGAGGUGGGGCAGAGGUGGAUUUAGGGGAGUGCCACUGGUUCACCCACACUGGCUGCCAAGCUAAGGGGGCCCGGCAACAAUAGCAAACAGCGAAAGGCGAGAGGCACCCCCCCCCCCAAAGUUUGGCAUUGCAGAGUUUACUGCUGAAAUUUUAAAGCCCAAAGUCUGCCACUAGGUAGGGCUACAUAUGAAGCCAGGUGCAGGGCACAAGUCCACAUCCUGUAUGGCUCUCAGACAUAUUGGGUUGGAGUAGUUAGGGGUCAGAACUCUUUAGGGGUUCUGUUAGGGGGCUGUAAGAACUCUUUGCAACGACUCAAGGAGACGGGGAGUGGACAGAAAGUUCAGGGAAUAUUGUAUCCUAAUGAACAGCUUCACCAGAGGACUUUGGCAUAAUUGUCGAGCAGAGGUGUAGAAUUUGGUAUCUGUGGAAAAAUUAUAUUAUCUUAAAGAUUUGGUCUCAUUAUGUACACUAAAAAGACGACAAACUUUUUGAUUAAGAGCUGCAGAUGGAAUUGGGAAGAGAGCAGAGUAUGCCCAAGCCCUGUUUUUGUCCAGGUGUCUUCUGAGGAAGCAGAAAUGUGGAGCAAGCUUCAUGAAGCCAAAUACUUUGAAACCAGCGCCAAGGAAGCCACCAACGUGCAGGAGGUGUUUGAGUGGGCCAUACGGGCCGUACUAAAGAAUGUAAGAAACCUCAUUUUCAGCCCUGCCCUUAUAAGGCCCCGGACAGACCACAUACCUUUGAGAUGGCUUUUAUCCCUAAAAACAAAAACACCUCUCCCAGCUUUCAACUUUCUUAUAAGACAAAGUCCUUCCCAACAACCUGCACCUCAUGCCCUCUGCCCAUCUGCAUCAACCACUUGCCCCCUCACCACUUUUCUUUCUGUUUCACCUCAGCGGAGGGUACCUGAAGAGCCACAACUGGACUCAGUUCACCUGGAGACCAGGCCACCUGAAGGGGCAGCCAGAGAGAAGUGUAGCUGCUGAUCUGACCAAAUACAGAUGGGAAGAUUCCUUCUGUCUAAGGGGCUGGGCUCUUCAUGCUCUGCAAUCCCGAAGGGUGAAAGUGCAACCCCACAGAACAGCCCCAAGGACAUUUGGCAAGGCUUCUGGAGCUGGAUCCCAAGGUAGACCUUUGUUCUCUGGAUGACACAGCCUAGCACUUGGGAGAGCUGGAUCAUAUCCCAGGCUACUCUUCCCAAGCACAUGGAAAUAAAGCUGAAUGCCAAUAUUGUGCUUUUCAAUGGUG